CAUAUACAAGGUGUCUGGAGCAUUGGGGCCAAGAGUUCUGUAGCGCAUGAUUCUGGAACUAAGGAUUCUGGAGCUUUUGUUCCUUUGAAGGAGAUCCAAGGAGAUUCUAACUUGUUUCAUGUGAUCAUGAAGCCAGGAGUAGAUCCAGGAGCAGAGCUGAAGGAGAUUUCAUGGCAAUUUGGCCCUGAGUCAGACUACAGAGUCAUGCUGCAUGUCUAUAAAUGGACAGAUUCUCCAAUGUGGGUCACUCUCCAGGACAAGUACAAGCAGAGAGUCCAUGUGCCCACUAUGACAACCCUGAGGACUGAGAAUCUGACCCUUGAGGACAGUGGGCGGUACCAGGCUAUAGGUGACUUAACUGAAGGAAAAGCAUUUAUUCAGAUGUUCCAUCUCAUUGUUUUCAAGCCUGUCCUCCUCCCUCAGAUCCUGGCCAAGUCAUUCUCCAUUACACCAGGCUGGUGCAGUGUCACCCUGGAGAGUAGGGCCACAGGGGCCUCAGAAAACCUGAACAUGACAUGGGAGAACAAGGGCCUCCCCAAGAAUCUGGAUCAGACAGGAACACUAGGACCGGACAGCAACUCCCGGACACUGACUCUGAGUCUGCCUGUGAGCCAGCAUCUGAGCAGGCCCAAUGCCAGCCUCACUUGUGUGGUCAGCAACUCUAUAGACAAGAAAAAUGCCACCUUACACUUGGGAGAAUUCUGUUGUACUGAACUGGGCUUCCAGCUCGCCAAGAUCAAGUUUGCUGCAGAAGAAAGGAAGUGA